AUGGAUUUUUCUCUAAUAUCAUCAGGAUCCGAUGCUAGAAUAUAUAAAGGCGAUUUCAUAGGAAAAGAAACAGUUAAGAAAGUAAUUUAUAGAAAAUAUUAUAGACAUAAAAAAAUAGAUGCGAAGAUAAGAAAAUUACGAGUUUCAAAUGAAAUAAAAUUUACGAAAAAGUUAGCAAGCUUAAAUAUUGACGUCCCAUUUCUUUAUUUCGUUGACGUGAAGGAAAAAAGUUUAUACUUUGAAUAUAUUAAAGGCUGUACAAUUAACUACAUCUUCAAGAAUAUAGAAGAAUAUGAACCAAAUAUCUCUAAAGCAGUUGGCAUAAUUUUAGCAAAAAUACAUAAUGGAAAUAUAAUACAUGGCGAUUUUACUACAUCUAAUUUAAUAUUAAGAAAUUCUUACAUUGAAAAAAACAAAAUUUAUGAUUACUCUAGUAAUUCCUUAUACCAUCUGAAUGACGUAGAUUCUAUAAAACUGUGUGUUAUUGAUUUUGGACUUUCCUUCAUAUCAGCCAUUGUAGAAGAUAAGGCUGUUGAUUUGUUCGUCCUCUUAAAAGCUAUUAAAAGUUUUCAUAGUGAGUUCUCACAACUGGAAGAAGACAUUCUUUCGGGAUAUAAAAUGAUGUCAAACAAUUUCGACGAAAUUAGAAAAAAGCUAGAAAUAGUUAAACAGCGCGGACGAAAGAGACCAAUGGUGGGAUAG